AUGUCGAACUUCGAGCCGAACGCUGUGAUCCGCGGCUUUCAGCUCACAAUAGUAGGCACUGUUCGUGCAUUAGGAAACCCUGAACUAUUCAAGUACGACCAUUUCCGCCAAGCAGCUCUUGCGAUAGCCAUCGGCAUCGUUAUCCAAUUGAUCAUUCAGAUUCCAAUCCUCAGCGUGAAAUUCUCUAUAUACCUCGUAUCAUGGGUGAUCAACCUUGAACAGGCAGUCUGGGACGAAAAGCUUCUCAGUGGGUUGGAAUUUAUGUCCAAGUCUGUCCUACAGGUGCCAUUCUUGCUCAUGACCUUGAUGCGAUAUGUGACGCCCACGCUAGAUGAAAUUUUCAUGCAGUCCAUUCAAUGGGUGGACACUACAUACAUCCAGAAACAUAAAUCCGAAGACCCCCGUCACCUCCGCUCUCUAUACUACCCCAAUCUUGUCCAGUACUCUGCCAAAGGUGGCUCCAGCGUUUCUCGGCCAAUUGCCAAAGCACUGAAGUCAUUCUUCAACCGCUAUGCAAAGAAGAUUGGUAUAAUGCUUGGUGUCUAUCUUCUUUCGAUGGUUGCGAUCAUCGGUCGGUUUGUUAUGCCUGCAGCAAGUUUCUACACAUUGCGAAGCCACAUCGGCUCCACCCCCGCGGCUGUCAUUUUUGGCAUAGGGUUGAUUCUGCCGAAGCAUUACAUUGUCACUUUUCUUCACACCUACUUUGCUUCGCGCAGUCUGAUGCGUGAGCUUCUCGAACCCUACUUUUGGCGCAUCAAGUUCACCCCCGACCAAAAGCGCCGGUGGUUCAGCGAUCGAGAAGGUGUUCUCUUUGGCUUUGCCUUUGCUUUCACGGUUGCUCUGCGUAUCCCGUACAUUGGUGUGCUGAUGUAUGGCGUUGCUGAGGCAUCUACAGCGUACCUUGUCACCAAGAUAACCGACCCGCCUCCACCUCCUGCUGAGAGUACAGGUUUCGCGGAAAGCCAGAUUACCUGGAAGAACAAGCAUGAUUUCUUGCGCUUAUCUCUCGAUAAUCUUGACAAACUCAAUGUCGACACGGACGAGCCAGAUCAGAAGGAACCUAUCUCUCCUGGAAAGAGGUUUUCUUAA